AUGGACUUUGAUUUUGAACAAGCGCUUAAUUUCGCUGAAAAUAAACGUUCAAGAAGAGUACAACAGCGUAAUGAAAAUAACAAAAAAAAACGUCGAGCGUAUUAUGAACCAUCAUCAGUUGAUAGCUUAUCAUCUAAUGUAACUGAUGAAUUAUUAAAUGUUGUUGAAUCGCUUACAAUUGAUAUGAAUACAAACUCAAAACUAAAGUAUGAAACCGCAAAUAAUUAUGCAUUAAAUAUUUUAUCUGAAAAUGAUGCUCGUGAUCAAGAUAAUAUAAUCAAUCCUGAAGAAAUUCAGAAGCACAUUAUGAAUUCUGAUGAAAUCGUUGAAAAUUCAUUUAAUGAUUUAGAAUCAUGUAAUAAUACACCGAUCGAUAAUGUUAUAUUACAUUGCUAUACUAAUAUGUCAAGAGAAGAUUUUUGUUCGACGUUAUUAAGUAUAAUUAGAGAUGCUCGUAUCUCUAAAUCACAUGCUAAUCGUUUGUUAUCUUUCAUUCAUUCUACACUUCCGAUACCGAAUGCUGUGCCAAAACGAAUAGAAGAAAUUUUAGAAAUCUUACAAAUCGAAAAUUAUCUUCUGAAAAAAUAUAUCUUAUGUACAAUUUGUAACAAUGUUUUAUCUUUUUCGGAUAUUUCUUGUUCAAAAUGUUUAUGUUCUGAUCAUAAAUGUUUCGCUGCAAUUUAUGAUAUGAAUGUGGAACAAUUGAUUAAAAAUAUUUAUAUUCGUUUAAAAACGGACAUUGAUGAAUAUCGUGAACAUUUUCGGCGAAUGAACGAUAGAGAUGGAACAAAUGAUAUUGGUUUUAAUAAAAUUUAUCAACAGCUAUUGAAAAAUAAUAUGAACAACAAUUUUAUAACAUUUUUACUUUAUCUAGAUGGAAUAAGUCUUUCGAAAUCUUCUAAACUGAAAAUGUGGCUUCUGAGUGGAUCUAUAAUAGAACUACGGCCACAACUGAGAAAUCGCCGGUACAAUAUGGUACUAUUUUCUUUAUGGUUUAGUUAUACUGAACCAGAUGCACAAAUUUGGUUAAUAAAUUGUAUCAUAAUAAAUCAUCAUCAUCGUAUAGAUAUUAAAUUUUUAUCUAUUACCGGUGAUAGUCCAGCUCUAAGAAAUAUUCUUAACUUUAUUGGACAUGGAGGUUACUUUUGUUGUAAUUUUUGUUAUACUCGUGGUGAACAUACUGGAAACAAAAGACAAUACUUCUAUGAAAAAAAACCUGUUCUUCGUCAUAGCUCAACAUAUGAAAAAGAAUCAGUAGAAGCUGAAAAAACUAAAGGAAAUAUUCAUGGACAUAAAGGUACAUCAAUUUUAAAAGAUAUACUUGAUACAAAACUACCUCAAGGUAUUAUAAUCGAUUAUCAACACGUGAGUUUGUUACGACAUACAAAAACACUUCUUUAUCAAGUCUACAAACAAUUUAGUCCUUCUCAACGUCAGUUAUUUGAUAUUAAACUGAAACAACAAUGUUUUCCACAUUUUUUUAACCGACGUAUGAAAACAUGUAAGGACUUAUCAUUCAUGAAAGCUGUUGAAUUACGCAAUGUAUUGAUAUAUGGUCUUUUACCAUUAUCUUAUGAAUUCAUAAAUCAUGAACAAUUAGCUCAUAUGUCUCUAUUUAUAUGUGCUAUUAGGCUCUACCACUCUCAACCACCAAUGUUCGGUCAAACAACAGCAACAAUAGCAAAUCAACUAUUCAAACAGUAUUAUAAAGAUCACAGAAAAUUUUAUCAUCUCAUACAAAAUUAUGUUCUACAUUUACAUGCUCAUUAUGGUGAUCAGUAUGUUAACUACGGAUCUUUAUCUAAUAUUGGGUGUUUUUCUCAAGAGGAUUUAAUCGGGCACAUUAGUUCAAAUACAUACGGUACAAGAUAUUAUGGUGAUCAAAUAGUUCACUACUAUAAUAUAAAUUUUUCAUUACAUAAUCGAGUACCACAUACAAAAUAUGAUAUACAUUCUAAACCAAUAGAUUUAAAUCCUGGUUUAAUCAUUGAUAAUUAUACAAUAAUCAUAGCACAUCAUAAUCGAAUAUGUAGUUGUUUGAAUAUUCCAAAAUGUAUAUCCAUUUAUCGUCGAUGCAUUAUACGAAGAAGUUACAGCCAAUGUAAUACAAUUUAUGAACAGAUGACAUCAGAUGAUGUCGAAGAUGAAAACGAUGAAGAGGAACAAAUAAAUGAAUCAGAAGAAGAUAUUUUAUCUACCGAUGAUAACAGUUACAGUCAAACACAAACACGUUCACCAUUAACACAGAAAAGAAAACGAUCUUCAUUAACGAUAGCUGAUGAUGACGAAGAAUCUGACAACGGUUUAUCUGUACCACAACAAAACUUAUCAACAAAACAAAGUCGUUAUAUGUUUUUAGCUCAUGUUUUGUACCAAACAAUCGAUCAAAUGCAGCAUACAAUUUUACAUGGCCUAGAAAAAAAACUAAAAGCUUUUAGUAAAAAGGUUGAUCGAUUGGUUCCAGCUUUAGGUGAUUAUAGUUUGGAUUCAUACAGAGAAAAGGAUGAGAUUUUUAAUGGUAAAGACUUGUUAACGAUUCGAGGACGUGACAUAUUCGACUUCGGUCGACAAAUUCUAAGAGAAUUGUUUACACCACAAGAGUUAAACGAAUGUAUUUUACCACCUGGUAGAAAACAUUUAAGUCGGCCUCCAUUAGAUGUUGAUCGCUUUAACAUUUUUCAUGAAGCUGUUCGUAUUAAAUAUCGUUUAUCAGCAUUACAUUAUGAUUCCUGCUUUUCCAAACUUAUUAAACCAAGGAUGUCAGAUUUUCUCAUUGACGAGAGGAAAAGACAAGCUAAAGCUUUACUUCGACAAUCAACAGCUACAGAACCAACACUACAAGCUCUUUAA